AACUAACAGUUUAUUUAUUUAUUUAUUUUAUUUUUUUAACGGCUUUUUCAUUGACUAAACUUUGAUUAUUAAUACAUUACUUCUCAUCACUUGAAGACAUGGCAUACCUUCCCGGCGGCGCUGAGUUGAGUGAUGAAGAAGAUGACUACUAUUUGGAUGACACAGACGACUAUUUCUACGGUAAAAACAAUAAUGUCAUCAAUACAUCUGCUGUUUCAGAGAAAAUAGAGAUUAAGACAAAACCAAAGCGUAAUGUUUUGUUGGCAUCACUCGAAUCUAAUUCAACUCUUGCGGUAAAUGAUGUCCGUAUGGCAAUUAUCAACAACAACUUUGACCAUUUAAGACAAUUGAUUGAAGGAGACAGUGAACUACCGAUUGAUAUCCCUCUGUCUGCUGAUUGGACACCACUAAUGAUUGCAGCAAAAUAUGGUCGCAAAGAAAUUGUCACUUAUUUACUGGAAAGAGGAGCCAAUCCUAACCAUAAUUUGAACAAAACCACACCAUUGAUGGCUAUCUGUGCGGCCAAUGAUAUCAAUGAAGAUAAUUUAAUAGAUUGCGCUAAUUAUAUCAUUGAAUCUGGUGGUGAUGUCAAUAUGACUGAUAAUAGUGGAAAUACGGCACUUAUUUAUGCGGCCAAAUCGGGAAUGGCUGGUCUCACACAAAAAUUUAUUGAUAGUAAAGCAGAUGCUAAUCACCGAAACAAUGACGGCUGGAAUGCCUUGCAUUGGUCAGUACGCGAGGGUCACGGAAAAGUAAUCGCCAGACUAUUGGACAGUAACUGUGACAUCAAUUUAUUGACUAAUUUAAAUAAAACUGUCGCACAAAUAGCUGAUUCAAGAGGACAUUAUAAAAUAAAAGAAAUUUUAGAUAACAUUAGCCAAAGAGAAAGUGAGAAUGAAAUUAAUGAAAGCACUGAUAAAAGAUUAACUCCCGAGGAAUUGGAGACUUUAGAAAACUAUAUGAGACCUGUUGUUGAAAUCAAGUGCAGAGAAAGGAAUAAACCGAUUGAAACAAAGAUAGUUAACACUGAUCUCGAAGAUUUCUUAGUCAAUUCGGAUCUUCAUUAUCUUUUGCCUGAGUUUGACAAAAAGGGCUUAAGUUAUCACGAUUUGGUCACAAAUACGGAACAAGUGUUGGAUAAAAUAGGCGUCGAUAAUGUAUAUGUCAGACGAAAAAUGAUGACAAACAUCAAUUUGAUGCACAAACAGGAGUGGAAAAGAGAAAGUAUUAAAGAAUUGCCACCCGAUGUCAUCAUUACAUGUCCGGAUGUUAUGUGCAUUAUGUCUAAUAUAAGUAGUCAUUUGGUUCGUAUCGAUCAAACCAUAACAUUCAUGAAGAAGAAAAUUGAAGCAAAACCCGAACUAAUGAGUCUCAAGAAUGAUGUGACCACAAGUCGUCAAGUGUUCAAUGAAACACUUCAAACGCUUAUCAAUUGCCGACAGCUUUAUGAAGACGUACAGGCAUUUCGACGGCUCAUCACUUCUAUUGAAGACAUUAGUGAACCGCAAACACCAGAAAUACUCUCUCUUCCGGCUAAUAUUGAGGACGAAAUGGUCAGUAAUGUUAACCGAAAGUCGUCAAAACUUUUGAAAAGUUUAAUCUUUGGUGUCAUAUCUAUUGGCACAGUCACUAUCUAUACUCUUAAGUUUAAACCAAACAUCCCAUUGGGAUCAGUAUUAAAAACAACCAGUAAAUUUUUUGGAUAUCAAUUUUAGGUGAUUUAUCUAAUAUCAUGUCAACAAAAAUUAAUAUUAAUUUUAAUUUAAAUUUAUCAUAU